ACGGUUUAAUUCGGUUUGUGUAUUAGUAAUAGUUAAGAUUGGGAAACGUUGCCAAACCGAGUUGCUGUGGGCUGAUUUCAGGAAAUAAUGACGCACACAGGGGCAGGGUCUUUUACAUAGACUACUAUUGAACUGCGAGAAGUUUUCGUCUGAAGUUCAUUUGAAGACAUUUUCUUUCGCAUCUUCUGCUUUACAGAAACAAUAGGAUGGGAUUUUACCACAUAAUAACUUUGGCACUGGCAAUAAUAUGCCUUUUUGGGCAGAGUGGACUAGGAGCCCCAACCACAGGCAGGUAUAUGUAUGUGACAUGCAAGCCGGAUGAUAAGAACGCAAACUGUGUCACACAUAAGGGGCCCGUGGUGCCACUUUUAGGGCAAAGCGCUCGCCUUCCACCUUCUGCUGCAAGACACAUAGUCCCAGUUAGCAUAGAGGAAGCCACUCCUGAGACUGAGGAGCAGUCAGGAGAGGGUUCAGGUAACUCAGACAUCUUCGCCCCUUUUCUCAACAUGGAUCGGCAGUUGUUGAGAGACGAUCCAGAGCAGGAAGUCAACAAGAAUGAAGAGGAAGCAUCGACUUGGAUGGAGUCCAGUGGAGCUGAAGUUGAUUACUCAGAUUAUGUCCAACCUCAGAAAAUAGAGUCGGUGUAAAGGGCUGCAUUACUGUACAUCUCAUGUGCUUUUUCUGUCUCCUCUUGUACAAUGUGAAACAUACGGGAUGCUGCUUUUUUGGUCGCAGAUCUAAUUAAUAUAUAUUCAUAAACUGUUACAUGCUGUGCAAAAAUCUAUAGCAUUCCAGUUUGCAUUGUAAGGAUCUAUUUUAUUUCCUCUUCAUCUUUGAAACUUUUAUAUUAUUAUUUUAUCUACUCUUAAAGUCCAGAGUAUGACAUAUGAUCUGAAUAAACUAUUAAAAUAUAUUUUUAAUUAAUUCGGAUGGAAAAUGGAAAUAUUACAAAAUUAAAUAAAAUGUUUUGGUAGCAAGGAGUACAUUUUGUAAACAACUUUUUGGCAUUAUUUUAUUUGUAUAAUAUUUUGAACAUUUCAAAAAACAACUUAUAUAUUAAAAAACAACAACUUUA